CUGGCUGCAGUACCGGAGGCCACCAGCGUGGGGCAGCAGAGCAAGGUGGGGCCAGGGGGCAGCAGUGAGUAGGCUGGAUCGAGCGUGGAGGGGCAUGCGUCAUGACCUCGGUGGUGCUCGUUGACAGUGGAGGGGCGGUGGUUGAGUAUGUCACCGCCGUGGAGGACCCUCAUCAGGAGGGAGAGUGUGAGGUGGAGGAGUGUGAGGAGGGAGACGGUGAGGUAGAGGUGGAGGGAGACAUGGUGGAAGAAGAGACAGACGGGGAGCUGGAUGAAGAGGAGGAGUACCCAGCAGUGAUUGUGGAGGAGGUCCCAGGCAGGGGGAUGGAGCAGUGGUUCUCUGCCCAGGUUCUGGUCUACGAUGACGGGACCUACCUGAUGCAGGACGUGGGGGAAGAACAGGAGGUGGAGACUGAGAUGGUGGAGACAGUGGAGGCGUCUGUCCAUUACCAACAGUCUGGCACCAGUAUCUACUGUUCUGAUAAGACCAUCGAGGCUGCCGAGGCUCUGCUGCACAUGGACUCUUUUACCAGCCUGAGAGGGGACCGCAGCCCAGAUGUGUUCAUCCCGGCAGGGUGUGUGACCACCCCAGACUUCAUCCACGCUGCGAUGCGUCCAGACGUGAUGACCGAGACUGUGGUGGAGGUGUCUACGGAAGACUGUAUGGACGAGGACAUGGAGGUCACCCUCCUAGAGGAACCAGACGAAUCAGAGCCUGACCACCAACCUGUCAGGAAGAAGAAAGCAGGGAGGAAGCCAAAGACUCACCAGCCUGCUGUGUCCAACGGAUCCCCGGACCUCGGCAUCAAGAAGAAACCCAGAGAAGGAAAAGGCAGCACCACGUACCUGUGGGAGUUCCUGUUAGACUUACUCCAGGACAAGAACACGUGUCCCAGGUACAUCAAGUGGACUCAGAGGGAGAAGGGCAUCUUCAAGCUGGUGGACUCCAAGGCCGUGUCCAAGCUGUGGGGUAAACACAAGAACAAACCUGACAUGAACUAUGAGACCAUGGGACGGGCUCUGAGGUACUACUAUCAGCGUGGUAUACUGGCCAAGGUCGAAGGUCAGCGGCUGGUCUACCAGUUCAAGGAGAUGCCCAAGAACAUCGUUGUCAUCGAGGACGACAAGGCCGACUCCAGAUCGGACGAUCUUAUUGGCUCGGAGAAGUCUUACCACGAGAGAGUCCUGCCCUCGUCGGAGACGAUACUGAAUGUGGCCGAGCUCGCCACGACGCCCACCAUCCUGAGGGGUGGGACUAGAACCGUGGUCCAUCCUCCGGUUGCUAAGGGCAACAAGGCGGUGAUGACGGGGGGCGGGGCGGCAGUGGGGGUUCCGAGGAUAGUGACCAUUUCCACGGCGCCAGACGGAACCCAGACGCAGCAUUCUCACACGGCCAUCAUCCCCACUUCCUCAGGACCCAGGACUGUACGGGUUGCCAUGCAAGUGCCUGUAGUCAUGACAACGUCACUGGGCCAGAAGAUCUCAACGGUUGCCGUGCAACAGGCGCCAGGGAUGUCGGGAGGCCGAACGACUUACCAAUUGGCCAACACCUCUCCCAUCGGCACGGCAACGGGCAACGCGAACUCACAACCGAAGGUUGUAAUCCAGACCAUCCCCACCAUGGUUCCAGCCACAGCGGAGAACGGAGACAAGAUCACGGUCCAACUGGCUAAGAUCAUCACCAUCCCAGCCCACCAGCUGGCCCAGUACCAGCAGCAGACCAAGCCUGGCCUGGGGGGCUCCCCGGGCAGCAUCUCUCUCCUGGGCGGGACAAACUCCUGGGGGGUUCGAGCCCUGGCACCUCAUGUUACCAUGGCUACCAUGGCUGCAGGGACACAGGUGAUGAGGCUGGCUGUUCCCACAACGCUGCAUCAUCAACAACAGACACAUCAUAUCGUCACGACGACGCAAGGUGGCGGGACCGGAGUUGUCACCGUGACGACGACAGCCAAUCAGAGCGCUCCGGUGGCGGCAUCCCAUAUCAUCAGCGGCGUCAUCAAGAGAUCUGCCACGGCAACGAGAGAACCGCCGCAGCAGCAAGCCAAGACGCUGACCGUUCAAACGGUGUCGCUACAGGCCCUCCCCGUCCAGACGGCGUUACCGGAAGCACCGGAGAUCAUCCCGGUAGUCGUCCCAUCAGAAGAGGUCCUGCCUGAGAUCAAAUCAGAAGAUCCGGAGUGUUGAGGUCACAAGUACGGACACACACCUCGUAGUUUGUACAGGUUUUUGCCCAGAUAGGAGUUUGUUCUUCUUUUUCUACAUGACAGUCUGAGAGACUAUAAAGACCCACAACCACCUCUGAUUUACCCUGGGGUGGUCUACCUUCCAACCACAGCCUCAUCUCCAUGGAGAACCAGGGCGCAUCCCAAAUGGCCCCCUAUUCCCUAUACAGUACCCUUCUUCUGUAGGGAAUAGGGUGUCAUUUGAGUCGUACAAUACCGUAGGACACCCAGCCAACAAAGGAACCCAGCAAUGACUUUUCAAAAGGGAAGAAUCUCCUUCAGAAAAAGGGACCAAGUCCAACUUAAAUCACUACGUCGUUUUCUGUUUCUGACAGACGAGACACUAGCUAACUAAGCUACAAUGAAAAAUACAAACUUAACAGAAAAAAAACACUAAACAAAAGGCUAAUUAUAAAAACCAAAAAAUGUGAACUGGAAAAGGAGCGAGAUGGAGGGGGGUUUGUGUAGAAAAGUUUGUGCGUACGACCAGCAUUUUAUUUGCCUGAUCACUGUGCAGAUUCCCGGUGCAGAAACACACCACAGGAACGACUGCGGGCUGUUCUAGGAUCAGCUCUUACAAGGGGAAAUAAAAAGCCAAAGGGACUUUAUAUGUAUAUAACUAUUAUACAGUUUAGGGGAAUUAAAUUCAAAACAGCCUUAGAAUGAUUGGUUUUUUUCAUUGCAUUGUUUAUAAGAUAAGCAGAUUUAGCUUUGUUUUGUGUUACGGUUUCUUGACCUUUUUGAUAUCUUGUACCAAGCACAGUGUUUUAUUGUAGUUUGCAGCCCAGGUCCGUGUACGUGGGUCGGUUGCAGCCCAGGUCCGUGUAUGUGGGUCGGUUUCAGCCCAGGUCCGUGUACGUGGGUCGGUUGCAGCCCAGGUCCGUGUACGUGGGUCGGUUGCAGCCCAGGUCCGUGUACGUGGGUCGGUUGCAGCCCAGGUCCGUGUACGUGGGUCGGUUGCAGCCCAGGUCCGUGUACGUGGGUCGGUUGCAGCCCAGGUCCGUGUACGUGGGUCGGUUGCAGCCCAGGUCCGUGUACGUGGGUCGGUUGCAGCCCAGGUCCGUGUAUGUGGGUCGGUUGCAGGGUUUGGGGUCAAAUCCAUUUCAAUUCAGGAAAUAGACUGACAUUCUAAUUCUCUUCAGUGAUUAAAAAAAAAAAAAAUAGCAUUGACUGUAAACGAAAUGGAACUGACUCCAAACCUGGUUGGUUCUAGUAGGCCUUGACCAUAGGCUUACUACAUCUACUUCCCCAUGGUAACUGUCUCUAGCUUUUGAAAAGGAAAGCUCCUCAGCAUAAACCUCUCGUCGGCUAUCUUGGCUCUGCCCCCUACAUAUCCUGUAGCAGUUUGUUUUUCUUAGUUGUAACGAAGAGGGGGAAAGCUGUUCGGACAGAACUAGUUUGUAUAUUCAACAUUUGAAGUAUAUUCUAUUUUGUUGUACUCUUGUUUCAAAGUGUAUUCAAGUAGAUUUUACUGAAAUAUUAAAAAAAACAUUUUAAUUAAA